AACAUUUGCAACCACCGUACGUACAGAGGGCGCAGACAUUUCUUCUUGGUGGCGUCAAUUUGGAAGAUGAACAAAUAUACGUUUCUAUGUGUCCUGUGCAUCUUGUGUAUAGUUCGUUCAGCUACAACUUCCAAAGCAGAGCAGAGUUCCCAAGACAUAACCAUCAAAUUCCGCAUCAAAAGGCAGAGUUGUCAAGAUGGCACUUACCAGCAUGAAAACAAGACAUGCUGUCUCUGUGCUGCUGGCCAUCAUCUGGACAGCCACUGUAGUAUGAACCCAGACGAUGGGACCUGUAUUCACUGUGAGCUAGAAAGAACCUACAACAGUUACCCCAACUUCCUGGACUCUUGUGAGCCCUGCACAUCUUGCAACCCUAAAGCCAAUCUGGAAGUGGAGGACAAAUGUACCAUCAUCAGUGACACAGUGUGUCGAUGCCAGCAGGGCRARUACUGUGACAAGGGGAAGGUGCACUGCAGGGCCUGCUACCCGUGUACCAUAUGUGGGGAUGAAGGUACCAAGGUUGCCUGUACCACCACCAACAACACCAUAUGCCACAACGACCAAAAACAAGGAGGAGGAAGAAGUCAUGCAGCAGUACUUGGCUCAGUUAUGGUUAUUGCAGUUUUUCUUAUUUUUUGCUGCCUGAGGCGAAAUAAUAAAUGUGGUUUUGGGAAAAAGCUGGGGCAAAAUGGUGGUUUGACCAAAAUGUCCAACCAGAAUUUAAAGGUAGCUGAGGAAAUGCAGCUACUGAGGGGUAUUGACCUCUGGCCACACCUCCCAGAUAUCGCUAAGACCUUGGGGUGGAAGGACAUGAAACAGGUGGCCGAGCGCAGUGGGAUGAC